UCAGGUCUAAUCCAUCUGCAUUUACAAGCCUCGCUUCGUCGCUAAAACCACCUUCACUGUUAUCUUCUUUUUCAAUUAUAGCAAUGCUUGGUGUCACAUCUUUGCCUCCGGAACUAAUCUGCAUGAUGGCUGAUUAUCUGAAUGCAGAGGACUUGCUCUCUCUCCGUGCUGUUUCUAAAGAUAUGAAAGCGUGCACAACCAAGGCUCUGGAGCCCGUAUGGACUCGUUCACUACGCGUUAUACACACGGAUUUCUCCAAUCAGAGUCUCUCUCGGAUUCAUCGAAUUGCGGAGAACGACGGGUUGAGAGACUACGUUAGAAUCAUGAGGAUUGAGCCACCCUUCGGUCCUCUAACCCCCCUUCAUAGAGUGACUAUGUAUAACCUGAUCAAGGAUCCUACCUCGAUUCCGAAGAUCAAGACACUCAAGGAUGACCUCGUGCACGCACUCAAAAACUGCAGGAGCUUUGAACUCUGCCUCAGCUGGAAGGAAGGUAACCUCACGUACCUAGAUAGCGACGACGUUCUUAGCAUCCUUUUCCACAUUUUCGUCGAGGCUGAGUUCCCCGUGGAAAAUCUGGCCUUGUACACUCAUCGGUAUACUGAGGAAUCUCAGAGGCCCAAAAGAGCCCGUCCUUACACCCGAAUGCACAAGCAGCCCAACCUUGCCCGUGCCUGGACUCAGCUCACUACCUUGCAGGUCACGCAGCCCUACUUCUUUCACCUUGCUAAUUACCUCUACAGGAUUCUGCCCCAGAUCAUACAAACUGCGCCUCGGCUCGAGAGACUGAUCAUCAUUGGCAAUGCCAUCAGCGGCCAGUCCAGGGAUCUUGUCUCACUGAUCAAGAACGUCAAACCUCUGGCGGAGAUCAAACAUCUUGAGAUCCAUCGUUCUGGUAUCGCUCUAGAGGACAUUCAAGAGUGGUUGCAGUUGAUCGGUGGCCAUUUACUGUCGCUGACCUUCUCUGGGUGCUUCACAAUCACGCCCGUUCCAUGGGCUACGUUCCUCGGCUGCGUAAAGAAUAAUUGUCCCGACUUGGAGGCUGUCACCAUUGAAGAUAUGCUCGUUGGCCUUGAAUGCCUAACAGUACAGUAUGACGGUGAGGGGUUGGCUGACGCGCUGGAUGAUAUGAUGCGGAAGUUCGAGGAGGCGGAUUGGUAUUGA